UAACUAGCCACCUCCACUACUCCUCAGUGUUGAUCUAGUAUCAACAUGGGGGAAAAGAAGAUCGUCAAUAUUUUGACUAAGCUCUCUAGUCAGCAAUGGAGAUAAACGAAUGAAUUUGACGACGCGACUGGGCAGGAAAGUCGCGAGGUACGAAGCGUCAGCAGCAGCUUCCGGAACCAGGCGGGCCAGUCCCAUGAGUGGAACCUCGACCGCGUUCAUUCUCGUUGUACGGCCCCGUUCGUUCAUCGUCAUGACUCGUGCGCUCCAAAUUCGCGCGACCUGGUCAGAUUCUCAAGCUCGGACACCGAAUCAGGGCAUACUGAUACAUUGAGUUCCUCGUGUGGAAGCUGAUGCCCGUCGUGCAAGGUUGGCUGGCCGAAGCGGAGAAGUGCGGCAGCAGCAGCAGCAGCCCCAUGCUUGCACCCCAUGCUACGACGCUCGCCGUGAAGCCCUGCCAUCCGAUCCCGUGUUGCUGGCAAGGCUGCGGGAGCUGUAUUUGGUAAUAUGGGAGAGGUGUUGGAGGUGCAAGCGAGAUGAAGCGGCUGGCUGUCGGUCCGUUGCUUGACUUAGCGAGCCCUGCGCCAGUUCGCUAAUUUGCAUCGCGUCGAGAGCGGAAGUCGGCCGAGGGAGCGGCGAUUAGAUGGGCUGCGCCGUCGUAUCUCGGCCUUCGCUGACAGUGACACUUUCCCACACCCCGGCGGCUUAGUCUUUAUCAGAGUUCCCCGCCGAGGCUUCUGCCUGAUCGUCG